UAGCAAAGCUGAAGUUAACAGCCAUAGUGUUCACUGUGAACAAAUUGUUUCAUAUUUUAAACGAGGAUUAUUUUGAAAAUAUGAGUUAAGUGAAUGUUUUACAAGUGCUGAAAGAUGUGAAACAAAUUAUUACUUCUAUUGCUGUCCAGUUUUCAACAAACUACGUCGAAGUUAUAACAAAUAAUAGAGAAAAAGAUGGCGGCUGUAGAUUCGGCUGAAAAAGAAGCCAGUGAGGUUUUACACACUUUAUUGUCGGUAGAGAGAAUAGAAAAACAGGAAGACGCUGGUGAUAAUCAGUCAUAUACAUCAAAUACUAAUGUUGGUAAUGAUGGUCAAGAAGAAGCUCAAAUCCAGUGGCAUACACCUGUUUCAAUAUCUCAUUCAUUAUUUUCUGCAAUAGAUGCAUCCGCCCACUUCGCCCAGAAUAUGGACGAACAGCAGGUAGUUAUAUGGGAGGGACACACUAUAGUCGAUUCAGAUGCAAAUAUUAAUACAAUUUACACUGGCCAUUCCUUGGAAGAAUCGGAAACGGGUGACGACGAGUCAUUAAAGGGUCAAGAAAAUGGUUUAAAAAAGGAAUCGCCAAAAACAAAAAAGAAAAUUCCCGUUAAAAAGAAAAAGAAAGUGGGUGAUGGUAUCAGUAACGACCCUACUAGAUUGGAAGAAAGCGCCGCUCAAGUAAAAGACAGAUUUAAAAGAGGAUGUGAGUGUCAAGAUGAGAGUUGUUUUCGAGGACUUAAUCCUGAAAGUGUGUAUAAACAUCGACUAAAUAUAGCGGAACUCACAAAAGGAGAACAUGAUAUGUAUUUAAUGGGAGUUACUAUGGCCUGUUUAGCGAACCCCGAUACAACAGUUCGACAUAAAGAGAGAAGAAGACUUAGAGCACAGUAUGUUUAUCAAGGUAGAAGAGUGUGCCUUGACGCUUUCUUAUAUUUAGAAAAUUGUACCCAUUAUCAAUUGAAGCGAAUACGAAAACAUGUAAUGACUCAUGGUGUAGCACCUAGAAUUCAUGGUAACCAUGGCAAAAAACCGCAUAAUACUUUUUCAUUGGACAUUUACAGGCAUGCUACUGAGUUUUUAAAACAAUAUUUAGAACAACAUACUGUAGAACGGGAUAUUUUAAAUACAAAACAACCUAUACAGUUACCAUGGGAUGUAACUAGAAAAAAUUUACACGAUUCUUAUAAAGAAUAUGGUCAAAUUUUAGAACCAGGAAUAAAACUCAUGGGAUAUUCAACUUUUAGGCACUUUAUGAAGGAACAAUUUCCACACGUUAAAUUCUGUAAAGUGGAACCAAAAUCCUGUUCAUCUUCUCAUCAUACUAAUAAUACUCAUAACAAUAACUCUCACAACAAUCAACAACAGCAGCAACAACAACAACAGCAGCAACAACAACAGCAACAGCUCCAAGCUGUUCAACAGCAAACUCAACAAAUACAAACUGUAGUAGAAAGACCGCGCGAACAGCAAAUACAAGUACAAAAAUGUGUAAUAAGCAAUGAAGUGCAACAAGUUAUUCCACUUGUAGUAGCUCCAUCUCCAACUGAUGCUACUAAUAAUCAACACCAUCAACAAACAUUUUUAGUUACCCCCGUACCUCAAUUAGUACCUAACGGUAAUAUUGUUACCCCGCAAAACGCAAAUAAUCAUACUACAACAAAUACAUUUUCAUAUCAAUUGGCAAACACUGGUUAUGUUAUAAACGAACAAGGAAACAUAGUUACGACAAUGGCUAGUGCUCAACAUCACACUCCUUAUACUUUUGGUCGAAUGUAAAAUUAAUAAUAAAAUAUGUAAUAUGUAUAUAAGGUUAACCUCGAUAAUGCUACUCAAAUGAUUGUGACUGAUGUUUGGUAUAUUUACUUGGUAUAUGAAGUAUUUCAUAUGUCUGGUAAAUUAUUGGCUUUAUGUAAAUUAUAUUUUUUUCUUUCAAAUCUAUAUAGAAGAACUUCGAGAUAUACGGGUAAAAAAACAUGAAAUACAAUUCAUGGUGUACUUUUUUACCGUGCUCCAUGUGGGUAUAAUACAUAUUAUGUUUUCAGUUAUAACUACAGUUAACAUGUACUUUUGUAUUUGUUAAUCAUGUGAGUAGCACGUCUGGAGAAGUUAUUUGUAGAUAUGUAAGUAUUUAUUAAAAAGAUAUUUCUACUUGGAUUAGAAAUUUUUGAACAAUUUGUUGUAAAACUAAGUUGUGGUUCUUUCUACAGCAAUAUAUUAGUGCAGGUAGAUUGUCCAGUUUUAAAGACAAUGGUCGCAUUCAACGGACGAAGCCGUUCUGCAACUUUGUACAACAGUAGCGGUUUCGUUCGGUGACAUAUUUGAAAGUAAUUAUUGCCAAAUAUUGCCAACCCUUGGUCAUUUUUAGUUAGAAAGAUAACGGGAAUUUGGUUGCAUUGAAUAGGUAUUGUAAUUGAAAUUAUGAGUUUAGCACCAACUGCUUUAUUUAGGAUUUUGCAAUCAGUACUAGAGACCUUCUAAUUCAUAAUUAAAAGGGUGAAUUUGUAACCUUUCAAAGUGAUAUCACUUUUUUUAUUAAAUUGCAAUUAAAUGUUUUUUGGAACUUUGAUUCUUUGAUUGCAAAACUUUAAAGCUUCACUUUUACAAUUGAAGUACUGAAAAUGUACCAUCUCGCCCGUUUUGGUCAAGUAAAUAUUAACCCUGGAUUACUAACCUUAUUUUGACGAUUAUUACACGAACCUUCGUCGUUUCGACUACAAUGUUUAAUAAAGUGAAACAAAUUUCAAAUAUUAAAAAUAAUGAAGAUAAAAAACUAAUGAAAUUAACAUUCUUUAAGAAAAUCUAGAUAUUAAUACAUUUGUGACAUAUGUUAAGUUUGUGCUCCCGCACCACGAUUUAUGACAUUACAUUUGGCGCUAGUACUUUUAGUCAUUCUUCUCUUUGCGAAGGGACACGGAUUUUCCUUUUUUUGUACAAGAGCUUGUAUUAUGGUGUUGGAUCUCGUGAUAUUUAUCGUUUUUGAUAAACUCUUCACUGAUAAAUGCUAUUCUAUAUUGAAUGGAACUAUUGGUUGAAUUUUAACUAAUUUACUAGCACUUGUUACAUGUUAAUGCCUUCUACGGUUGUAAGGUAUUUUUGCUCCCUAACCAUGCCUAUCGCCAGGUUAGACGGAAUAUAUUUUACAACGUUGCCACGUGCGGCCAAUGUAUAACAGAUGAAAUAAAAACAUUUAUAUAUUUAUAAAGUAGUCAUAGGAAAUAAUAAAAGAAUAAUAGAAAAAUAAAGUAGUGAGAUUCUACAUAAUUGCCGGCCUUGAAAGGUCAUACCUUUCAAAACAUGAUUAUAUUAUAUUAUUAUGGUUCCCUUUCAAUAGGUAAUACACUUAUUCUAGACACCGAUCGUUUCAAGUACUUUGUACCAGUUUUAACUAUCACUACCCGAACGUCUCCAUCGUGUCCUUGGUGAAUUUCGCUGAUUCUACAAAUUUUCCAUUGAAGCGGGGGUAAGUUAUUCUCUUGUAAAAGCACCAACUGUCCAAUCUUGAAAAUAUCAGUCGGAUGCUGCCACUUGUAUCUUUGUUGUAAAGUGUGUAAAUAAUCUCGUGAUCGGUUUACCCAAAACUGUUGAAACAGAAGCUGCAUCUACGAGCUACCAAUUAGGAAAUGUCCAGGAGUCAGAAUAUCAAAAUCUUCUGGAUUCUCGGUGAGAGGAACAAGAGGUCGAGAAUUGAUUACAGCUUCUACCUGAACUAACACGGUAUAGAAAUCUUCGUAUGUAAGUAAAGUGUUUUUCAAUAUUCUUUUCAAGUGAAAUUUUGUGAGUCGCACUGCCAACUCCCACAAGCCACCGAGAUGAGGCGAUCGGGGGGGAAUGAGUUGUCAAACAAUUUUAUUUUCAAAAAGAAAUGGCUGAAUUUUGGGGUUAUUGACACGAUCAAGCACAUUUUUUGCGCCUAAAAAGUUAAAAGCGUUAUCAGAGUAAAUGUUGCUACAGAGACCUCGUCGGGAGACGAAUCUUUCUAACGUAUUUAAAAAUCCGUCGGUAGUUAAAUUGCUCACCAAUUCAAGAUGCAUAGACUUCGACGCAAAACAAACAAAUAUGCAUAAAUAUACUUUGAGUGAUUUUGUAUUUCUUAAGUAGCUAUUUUUUAUGAGAUACGAUCCUGCAUAGUCAACUCCACAUGGUUUAGCAGGUUUUAGCCGCGCGGAAGGUAAAUUGUCCAUUUUUUGAUGAGUAAUAGAUGGAGUUGCGCGGAAACAUACAAACCUCUUAUUGUGCGUCGACCACUUAGUGGCCAAAAUCUUUGACUGACGUAUUAUAGACAGUAGGGUUUGAGGUUCCACAUGCAAAUUUUUGAAAUGUUCAUGACGAAGAGAUGUUUGUAAAAUGAUGUUUCGAAGGUAUUAUAAUGGGAUGUUUGUUUUCGUAGUCUAGGUCCGCAUUUUUUAAACGUCCUACUCUCAAAAUAUUAAAUUCGUCUAAAAAUGGAUCUAGGGAUAUUAAUUUGCUGUUUCGAGGUAUUAAUUAAUUAAUGUUCAUUUAAAAAAUUGCGAUUUUUUCACCAGAUCCUGACACUUAGAAGCAAACACCGGGUUUUCACAUUUGACACAUAAUUUGACAAAUUAGUUUAUAAACUUGUUCACAACAUCGUUAUAUUAAUACUUGGGACACGUUCACUAUUUCUUGAAGGUCCCGAACUUGGACUUAAAUUUUCAAGGAGUUGUGCGUCAUCUUCGGUAACCAGCACGUUUUUAGGGUUAUUUUUAAGCACAUGUUCAUUUAGACAUAUUUCCCAUGAUUAAAACGUUUAGAAAGUAAGAAUAAUAAUAAUUUGCAUAAAUAUUUUUUUCAAAGAGGAAAAUUGAAAACAUCCAUCAUAAUACAAUAUUUAAUGAUUAUCCAUAAAGGUGUUUUUGUAAACCACAUGAUUUGUAGAAUUUGCAAAUGAAUACUUAAGUAUAAAAGAAAAUAUUUUAAUUUUUGUAUGUUAUCGGGCGCUGAGACUACUCGGCUGUUAUCAAACAAUUUACAACUGUGGUUUCCUGUUAUUUCUGUAGGCAUCUUCGUACAGGUCUGCCUCUUUUCCUUCUACCUGUUUUAUUAUAAUUAAAUGUUUGUCUGGUUAUGUUUGUUGCUGGUUUCCGUAGUGUAUAACGUACCCAUCUUCAUUUUUCGUAAUCAUUAUUUGGCUAGAAAAUUUUGUAGAUAACUCAUAGGCAUCUGUUGAUAAACGUUUGAAUUCUCUGGAACAUCUUUUUAUUAUAUGUCCAAGUUUCGGCCCCAUAUAAUAGAACAGAUUUUACAUUGCUCUGUAAUGGUCUUAGUUUUGUUGUUCUUGGGAUACUUGUUGAAGACCAUAUUUUAUACAACGAAUUUUGCAGCGUUUUGCCCUAUUCUCUUUCUAUCACUUUCAGUACCUCCUAUUGUAUGUAUUAUUCUGCCUAAAUAGCAAAAUUGCCCAUCUUCAUCUAUUUCUAUUCCUCCUAAGUAUAUAUCGCUUUCAGUACUUGUUUUGCUUUAUCUUUAUAUCUUUGUUUUUUGCUGUUAAUGUUCGGUCCAAAUGGUGUUAAAUUAUUAAGUGGCCUGUUUUUUCUUGCAUGUGAUUUAUUUUUGUUGUUAUUAUUUAUUAAUUAAUUCGAGAAUAAUAGAAAAAUAAAGUAGUGAGAUUCUACAUAUGGAACUCGAAGUACUACUUCUUGGCAUGUUUAAAAUUUGUGUAAUCGAGUCCUGCAAAGUAGUUUAGAACGUUGAAAUCGUCAACUUUUUUUUGGUGAGAUUCUAUCAGUUUGUGAUGCAGGUCUUUUAGGUAAUCGCGACCCGAUAAAGGUGUUUUGUUAACUCCUAUAGUAUUACAUACGUAACUAGUUAUAAGUGCAAUAUUGAGCAUCCCAUAAAAACUGUACAACGGCCAAUGCCAUGUCUUCCGGCAACAAGAAGUAAAAGCACACAUUUGAUCCAUAGUAUCUAUCUCUCCUUUAGUCUGAUUAGAAAAUUAAUUCAUUAUAGGCUUUUUAGUAUUUUCAUUUACCGUCCCUUCCUCAUCACAUGUAGAUACUACGAAUACUACUUUUUGGCGUUUUGGUUUAAAGGAAAGCAGCGUCAAUUCAUAAUCAUAACAAAACAUAGCUGUUCCAGUUCCACUCGCGCAGUCAUUUUAUAAUUUCUCUCUUUUAUUUGCUCUUAAAGUUCCUGUUAAUGUUAGCUUAUGUUAUUAUUUUUUCAAUAAGUUUGUGGCAGUGAAUUGAACCAAUUGUCUAUGGUAAUAUUUCUAUUAGUACCACAAACAUUGCGUGUCAAUUCUUUCACAAAAUAUUCUCUGAACGGUACUCCAUUAGUCCUAGUAAAAGAACCCAGAUAGGCCUUGGCAUUUACCAUAUACUUUGUAGAUUAGUUGUCAACUACCAUCACGAUUUUCAUUCCACAUUUACUUGGCUUAUUAGGUAUAUAAAUGCGAAAGGGACAUCUUCCUCUAAAAGCCAAUAAUUGUCCAUUAAUGGUAAGAUAGCAACUAGGUUUGUAGUUCUCACUACAUACAGAUUCCAUAAAUCUUGAAACUUCGGCCAGUCUUCGUUCGUGGCGCGUAGAUUUGACGUCGAAUCUGAGGCAGUUUAUUAGGAACUCAAACCUCACAAAAGUCAUUGUACUUCGGUACCAAUUCCCACAAAAUGUUAUUUCUUUAUGGCAAAUGAUCUUCUUUCAUAGCUGCAUAUGAUGUAAGUACGCCAAUAAGGGCUUUUAUUUAAUUAUAAUGUCGGUGUAUGAGUAGCUUUUAUAUUUUACUUUUAUCUCCGCAGUAGUCUGGGUCACAAAUAUGUCAAUCAUAUCAUAGGUAAUAAAACAUGAAAAGCAUCGGAGGUGAUCUAAUUCAUUUUUACAUAAGCGUGUAGGUCCAGGUCUAAUAUGAACAAUAUUAUUUGUAGCUAUUCUGCUUCGUGAACUUGACUUCACUGAUGACCACUCGUGUUUGUUUUUCCUAAGAGAAUCGUACGCGAUGGUCGUACUAUCAAAUCACUGCAUUGUAUGGAUGAGCUAGGGGUAGAGUCUUCAAUAGACUGAACGGGAGAUGUAUCAUUACUUGCCUGAAGAGCUUGACAUAGAAAUAGAAACAUCUUCAUCACUAUCCGUUUCAUAAGCUGGAUCAACAUGGUCUUCUCUCUGAUGAAUUUUCGUCAGCGCUUUCAUCUUGUAAUAAUAAUUGACGUACCUAUUGUAUUUAUAAUAAUAAGAAGUAAUAUGAAUAACAUAAAUCCACAUAAGAAAAAAAUACGCAAAAGUGUACUAACUUAAAAAUACAAAAUGUCAGGUUAAUACUAAUCUUCGUCGAUCCGACGAGCCAUGGUUGCUGGUAUGGUGCUCACGGCCCCCUGUGCACAAAACACUACCGUCCUCCGUAAGGGCAACGGUUCGACUAAGAUUUGCUCAAGUAAGAAAGGAGAGAUGCGCGCAAAAGUCAGCACGACUUUUUAAAAACCGCGUCGUCGAAUUGACCAGGGUUAAAAACUGUCACGAAUGUGUCAUAAUUGCAAAAAAGAGAAUAUAAAGUAAUAUAAAUUGAUCCUGCUUUGCUUCUCUUGAUUUGAUGUUUUCAAUCCAUCGAAGGUAACCACAACAUUAGUAAAAGUUUUCUGAUUUAAGAAAGACUUGUACAAAUAUUGUGAUGACUAGUUUUGGGAUGCCGAUAUACCGAUAUUUUUUUGAUAUAUCAAACUUCGAUAUUGAUGUAUUGAAAAAAAAAUAUAAAUAUAUCAAAAAACCGCUAUCCUAUUUGGUAUAUUGAAAAAGUUUUUUAUGAAUCAAAGAAGGUACUCUUGUUCAUUAGCAUGCCUAUAUUUUUAUAUAAAAGAACCCUUUUCAAAUUUAUCUAAAAUGUAAUUAUAUUAGUUGUGCCCCAAUUUCAAUUCAUUUUGUACAAACUUAGGCAUAUAUGAGGUUUGAAUCACUUAUAUAUUUUGUUAAAAUUAAUAAUGGGGAAACUUUUAGUUUCGAAAACUUAUAUUUUAUUCCUUAUAUAUGUCAUUCUUAGUGGAAAUGGAAAUAUCAACUUGUGCUCCUUGUAGCUACCCUAAUUCGUUUAUUCAUCUAAUUAAUUUUAGUCAAUAAGCUGCCAUAACUAGCCAUAAAUUUCAAAAAUAGAAUUUUUUUCACAAUAUAAUCUUAAAACAAAUGAGUUAUUCAUUAUUCAACCCAAAACUGUGUAGCACUUGGGAUUUUUGGGCUAAUACUAUGAUAUUUCGUAAAAAAUAGUAGAAAUUUAAUAUAAUUUAAAUUUAAUUAGAGUACAAUGUGACCACAUUAAAAAAUUUAUAAAAAGCCAAGAACAUAAAAAUUUCUCGACAAAAAACCAUUCCUAAACAAAAUGAAAAUAGGUAAAUAACCUUUCAAUUAGAACAUAUUUUGAUGGAAAUAGAAAACAUUAACAAAAAUAGUUAAACGAUAGAUACUCUUCGAUAUAAGAACGGCUAACGAAACAUUAAACAAAUUUACGAAAAGCGAUGCAAAAGGAAGGAUAAUAUAUAAAUCAUAUAUCAAGUUUUCUCUAUAGCCAAGCUACAGGAGUAAGUGGUAUAAUAUUUAUAUAAAAUUCAUCAUCCUUUUUCUUCAAUUGGUUCUUGUUACCAACUUCUCUAUCUUUUUCACUCUCGUAUCAUUCGAUAGAUAUCUCCUAAUUCUUCCACUCAAUUCUACUUAUAGUAUUUUCAAUAAUAAAAAUAUAUUAUAUCCAUCAUUUGAAAUAAGUACAGAACAAAAGUUUUUCUGCUAAAGCAACACUUUUCAUUCUUAGCUUAGCUUCAAUUUAUAAGAUAUGUUCAUUUUAACACUUCUAUCUGUAUUAUUUUGGAUGAAAUAUUUAACUUACCUACAUAAUUAGGAGUGAACUAGAAAUAAUUUCACCAAAGUUAUUUAUACUCAGUACCUGAGUGCCUAUAUUUUCCUUAAUAAGCCAAUCCCCUGAGGGAAAUUUGAUGAAAAUUAUUAAUUCCAUUUUAUAUUUUCGUUUUAGUAUUAUUUAGAAAUUCACUUUUGUUUUCAAAAUUCCGUCCCGAGGUUUUUAUGUAUUGUUGUGUGAUAAUAUUUUUCUGCACCUUCUUACUGUAAAAAGGUAACUAUGGAUAAUUUUGGUAUAAAGCAUAUUUGAGGUUUUGCACAAAUGAUGACAAAUUAUUUCUAAAGCGACCGAUUGGUUUCAUAUAUAUUAAAAUAAUCUGUAAGAAAAUAAUCAUAAUAAUAAUGUUUCUAUAGUUUUAUAAAACUAUUGAAAAAUAUACUAUAUACUCGUUUAUUGCAACACAAUUUAAUUAGUAAAAUUAAAUUCAAAUUAAUUCUUCAUCUAACUAUUAACAAAUCAUUUUUCUCUGUUAUUUUUAUCUAACAUAAGUAAACCGGACCAAAGUGAAAUUGAAAAAAGGGGAUUUGACCACAUAUCGUGGUUUAUUAUGUUUUAACUUUAUCAGUAAGAAUAUUAACUUUACAUGAGUGAUUCCCAAUAUUAUUUCAUUACGAUUAGAUAGGUUAUCUAUGAAUACACGAGAAAAAAUCGAUAGACGAAUCAUAUCCUCCAUUAUUUUAACUUUUGGGUGAGUUAUUUGCAUAUGCAUAGAUUUUAAAUUUUUAAAUAACUCAAUUAUAUUUUGUAUCAUUUUAUAGUUCAAUUUUUGAUUUUUUUAGUUGAGUUAUUUAUUAAUUUUUGUUUUUACGAAAUUCGUAUUUAGUUACAUUGUAAAGCCAUAAAUCCCCAAAAAGUUCACAUUGUAUACUAAAUUUGAAAUUUUAAGGCAUAUAUUUCAAAUCUCUUUAUAGGGUCGGCUAACAAGGUUAUCCACUUGAUGUAUGAAAAAAUAUAUAAAUAAAUAAGAAAAAGAAGAGUAAUUAACGUUAUUUUGUUUGUUUGUUAUUACGUUUGUGAUCAUUAUUUAUAGUUUUAUAUAAGAAACCAAAAUCUGUACACUUAAAAUAUGUUGGCAAAUUAGAAAUUUAAGGAAAGGGUACAAUUAGUAAAGGCUUCUUAUAUUGAAUUUUCAUACCUUAUGUAAUAUUCUUUAUAUAGGAAACAAAAUAAGUCUGACAUGUUUCAUAUUCGUAUUUAUUUCUCACUAUACUUAAUUUAAAUUCAAUGGUUGGCAUUUUUAGUGUUUUAUACUUUCAUUAAUUAGAUAUAGGUACGAAUAGGACAUAUUUGAAACUCCUGUUUAAAUUUUGUGAUACGGUAUCUAUAUUUUUAAUAAAUCAACUAAAAUUAA